AUGGAGCAACCAUAUGAUAGCAUGGGGUGGCCGACUCUUGGUCAAAUUCUGAAAAGGUAUGGCUUUCCUCCUAUGUAUUCUAACCAUGUUAUGGAAUGUGUUGUAGAUGUUAGAUUUUCCAUUAUUAUUAAUGGAAAUAAUUCUAAGUGGAUCAAUGCUCAUAGUGGAUUCCGUCAAGGGUGUCCACUCUCUCCUUACCUUUACAUUAUGUGCUCUCAAUUGAUGUCCAACUCUCUAGAGCAAAGGGGUCAAAAUCUUGGCAUACAACUCUCUCCUAGAGGGCCAAAGAUCACACAUCUUCUUUAUGCAGAUGAUGUACUAACCUUCUCACAUGUAUCCAUGGCUUUAGCUAAAGCUUUGAAGGGUAUUUUUGAAGACUUUUGCAAAUGGACGGGGCAAACGAUUAAUGUCAAUAAAUCACAAAUUAUUUUUGGCCAGUUUGUCAGAUACCCCAUGAAGAAGAAGAUUGCUAAAGUUUUUGGCUUCAAAGUGGUCAAGGAGAUGAAUUAUCUUCGGAUAAAUAUUUCUCUUGACAGGUUGAAGGCGGCUAACUUUCAAGAUCUUUUGAGUAAUGUGAUGUAUAUACUCAAUGCUUGGGAUAAGAAGUCUUUAUCUAUGGGUGAAGUUUCAUUUGGCAUAAACCUGAUGGCAACCAUAGUAUACAUUAUGUUCCUUGGGAUGAUUUGUGCUAACCGAGAAGCAUGGGUGGGCUGGAAACUAGAGACCUUGUUCCAUAGAUCAAUCAAAGCUAAGUAUGGGAAGGAUGUUAUGAAUGGUACAUAUAAGAAAGCUACUUCUAAGGCUUGGCAGAUAUUUCUUGAUGGAGGAAGACACCUUAAAAGUAUUAUCAGAUGGAAAGUAGGCAAUAGUGAUGAGAUUAAUGUCUUAAAUGAUGUUUGGAUAUUAGACAAAUGCAUUAAUCGAUGGCCCACAUUUGUUGAUUGUAAUGCUCUGGAGGGGAUUUAUGUUCAGCAGCUGAUAUUGGCUGAUGGCCAUUGGAAUCUUACCCUGCAUAAGGAAGUGCUUGAGUGGGGUAUUCACAUUCCUGUGUUCCAUUCUUUGGACCAUUGUUUAAAGGAAUUAAGUUCUAGCCUUACUGGAAUCGGUGGUGUUUUCAUGUAUCACGAAGGUAGAUUCAUCCUUGCAUUUGGAAAGAACAAAGUUCAUUGGGAUAUUGCUCAGCUUGAGCUGGAGGCUGCACUCUCGGUGAGGGAUUUUGUUAGAAGCUGGAUGCUUGAAUACAAAGGGGUGAUCAUAGAGAGUGAUAACAUCAAUGUUAUUACUUGCCUUCAAAAUUCUUUAAAGAAGAAUAUGUGGCUAGUGGAUAACAGUUCAGCCUGGGAUUUCUUUUUCUAA